UCGUAGUGAAAUUACUGUAAUUUGCAAUUUAAUUUGCAUUGCACUAAUGUAAUUUCCAAUUAAGUAGUAGCGCCUUAAUGGUCAUAUGAUUAUCAUACCUCUAUUUUAAAUGUACCUCACUACAAUUCAAAUUACUAUGAGUAUGAUCACAGAGCACUAAUGAUUGUGAUAUAGUUCUACAAAACUCCAAAGUCCAUAGCUGUAACGUGCUGUAACUAAUAUUGUAUUUGUUAUACGGUAUACCUGACAAGUUGGAGUCACACUCACAAGCACAACUGCACAACUCAGUAGUUGUUUUUCCGUGUUCACGUAAGAGAGACCAUGAACCCGAUAGUGGCCGUAACAGAAGGAAAGUUAUCAGGAAAUGUUCGUGAAACUUCUAAUGGAACGCAAUAUGUAUCCUUUAAGGGUGUUCCAUAUGCUAAACCGCCGAUCAACGAGUUAAGAUUCACUGCACCUGAGCCACCUGAGCCUUGGGAAGGAGUAAGAGAUGCCACUAAAGAGUGUAACAUUUGUGCCCAGUUUGAUAGAGAGUCAUUGAAAGUUAUAGGAGAUGAAGAUUGCUUAUAUUUGAAUGUUUAUACACCAAGCCUACCUCAAGCAGAUGCUUCUUUACUCCCUGUGAUGGUUUUCUCCCAUGGGGGUGGUUUUGUGUAUGGAAAUGGAACUGAUGACACCAUCCAUGGGCCAGACUAUCUAAUUGAAAAAAAUGUUGUUGUCGUAAGUCUUAAUUAUAGACUUGGAGUCCUUGGUUUUCUGAAUCUAGACUGCAAGGAGGCGCCUGGUAAUAUGGGAUUGAAAGAUCAGGUGCAGGCGUUGAAGUGGGUGCAACAAAAUAUCAAGAACUUCAAUGGUGACCCCAAUAAUGUGACUAUUUUUGGCAUAAGUGCCGGUGGUGCAUCAGUAGAAUAUUUAAUGCUUGCACCUAUGGCCAAAGGACUGUUUCAUAAAGCUAUUGCACAAUCAGGCUCAUCAUUACUACCUUGGGCACAAAACAACAAUAUUAAAGAAUAUGCCACAAUGAUCCCCGUAAUAAAGAAAAAAGUUAUAACAGACAAUCAGGACCUACUUACGUUUUUGAAAACAAUGUCUAUAGAAGACCUUAUAUCUACCGCCAUGAUGGUUCUAGCAUCUGAAAAGGUUAAAGGAGGACUACACUUUGGAUUUGUGCCUUCUAUUGAAAAACAGGGUGAUUGGGAGCCAUUUUUUACAAAAUCGACUUAUGAAUUGUUGGCACAAGGGGAAUUCAAUAAAGUGCCAUUCAUCAGUGGCUUUUGUACUCGUGAAGGUCUUUUAAUGCUGCCAUAUAGUGAAUUAUUCGAAAAAAUUGAAAAAGAUAAGAAGUUUGUUGACUUGCUUCCCUUCAAUCUUGACGACAAGCAGAAGAUUGAAUAUGAAUCCAAGUUCAAAACGGUUUAUCUAGAAGGGAAUACAGAAUAUGAUGAACAGGAUUCAUUUGCAAUUGAUUAUUUUACUGAUCUCGACUUCCUAGGUGGCGUUUAUGUUGCCACUUCAUUGAUUGCUAAAAACAAUUCUCCUGUGUAUUUCUAUGAAUUCAAGUAUGAUGGGAAUUUGAAUUACUUGAAAAAGAAACUGAAGAUUGAUAGAGAAGGCGCUUGUCAUGGAGAUGAUGGAGGCUAUCUUGUAAAGAGUGACUUGCUCAAGGGAAAUCUGUCUGACACAGACAAGUUGGUGAGAGACAGGAUGUGUCAAAUGUGGACUAACUUUGCUACAUUUGGUGAUCCAACUCCAAAAAUUGAUAAUGUUAUAACAACAACAUGGGAGCCAAUUGCAAAGACUGGCAUGGCUCGUUUGGUGAUUGAUGACAAGCUGACUAUGAAUUAUGAUACUGAUACGGACAGGACAAAAUUGUUCAAGGAACUAUAUGAGAAAUGUUAUUGAAUUCGUCUAGAGGCACACAGAGGUAAUAUAUAUAUUGCAUAAUUGUGUAUACUGUAUACUAUCUGUUCAUACAAAAAUAUUUACUAGUAACUAUAAUAAUUAUUAAUAAAUAAUUUUAAUGUAAUAUGCAAUACCUCAAUAGCUCAACGGUAAGAGCUGUCAGACUCAUCACUGAGGGGUGGUGGUUUGAUACCCGCCAUGUUGGUCUAUUGUCGUACCUACUCCUAAUACAGUCUUUCCCGACUAUUUAGAGGGGAAAAUUGGUCAUAUUUAAAAGAUAUGGCAAAUAUUUUUUCUUUUAAAAAAAAUAUAGAGGUAAUGAACUUUUGUUAAUAACACCUCCGUUUUAUGUAUAACAAAAAUUUCAACUUGACCAUGAGUCCUGUGCACAAGGUUUUUAAUUAGGGUAGGCACUAUAGAUACAAAUUGUACAAAAUUAACAAACAAAUUUUAAUAGGCAGAUAAUGAGUUCUCAGAAUAUUCAGUGCAUUUUUGUAUCUACGAGGUAGGUGCAUGCUAUUUAUUUAUUUGAAACAUUACAUUAUAUAUUUUUAAGCCAAGUUUUUACAUGUAAUUAUAAUAUUGGCAUGCCCAAAUUAUUUUGUCAUUGUCAUGCAAAAGUAUCUAUGUCAUAGGUGUGCCAAUUCUGCACAUUUAAGAGGACAUUUUCUUCCCAAGAGAUUAUUGCUUUUAUGCAUUUAUUGUUCAGUGGGUUUAGUUAAAUCCAAUCUCAGUGGUAUCAAGAAUUUUUCUUGUAUCAUUUUAAAAGGUUAAAAAUCAAAAUGCUUCAAGGAAUAACCAAGUUCUAAGCUUUAAAUUUUACUGAUUAAAUUAUGGAAUUACUUGUGAUUUAAUGCUAAUACCUACCUUAUAAUGUAAGCUUCUAUAAAAAACUGUUAUUGCCAAAAUUGCCUGAAUUUGCCAUUUAUAUUAUAUUUAAUUAGAUUAUACAUUAACCAUUGAAUAAUAGUAAUUUAAUUAAUUAUUUUUAUGUAUCAUUUAAAAGGUUAUUGAUUAAAUCAAAAUCUAUAAAUGAAUAAUAAAGUUCUAAGCUUUUAAAAUUCCUUAACCAAACUUGCCAUUUAUUUUAACUUUAAUUAUAACUUCUACAACUAUAUACAAUUAAAUUAUUUUUUUGUGUAGCUUUGUGUUUACCCAUAAAAAUAUUAUAUUACUGUAAGUAAUUUAAAUCCAUAAAAUUAUGUCAUAUUUGAUGUUUUCAUCGUAAUUGAAUAUAUUUAAUUUGUGUGAGACCAAGUACCUAUCCUAUUUAAGAUAUUCAAAUAAAUUAUACAAACGAAUUUAAUAUCUAUCGAAUAAAUGUUUCAUAAAUGUGAUGAUAAAUUAUUAUAUUCAUUUAUACCAAUAUAAAAACUUAUUGAAAUUUCACUUUUUUACCUACUUUAUAAUGAAAAAUUCUAUAAAAAACUGCCAGUAGGUACUAAAAUCGUCCGAAUUUGACAUUUGUAUUAUAUUUAUUUAAAUAUUGUUUAAUAAUAAUCGAAUUAAUUAUUUUUUUUGGAUCAUUUAAGUAUAAGGUUAUUGAUUAAAUCAAAAUCUAUACAUAUAUGAAUAACAAAGUUCUCAGCCUUUAAUAUUGCUUAUAUACAAACCAAUUUAAUUACGUUUUUGUGUACCUUUGUGUUUAUACAUAAAAGUAUUAUAUUACAAUAAGAAUUUAAAUCCAUAAUAUGUUAUAUUUGAUGUUUUCAUCAUACUUGCAUGUAAGUACUUGUGUUUAAUCAUUUUGUGUAAGAUGAAGUACCUAUUUAUAAAUUAUACAAACCAAGUCAGUGUCUAUGGAAUAAAUUAAAAUAAAAUGUUUCGUAAAUGUGAUGAUAAAUUAAUAUAUUUAUUUAUACCAAUAUAAAAACUCAUUAAAAUUUAA